CAUAAAACCGGGUUUAUGCAGCAAGGGAUUCGAUUCAUUCACAAGAAUAAUGAAAACGCUUUUGGAGGAGCCGUCAAAUUGAUUUCGCCGAUUUGCUCAUCUCAUCCUCCUCAGUUGCAUUUUCUCAUGGCGAAUCCGGCGGAGACUCCCGAAUCGAAUCCAUCAACGCCCAAACUCGAAUCUGAAGAUGAUAGAGAAGAAAUCAACGGCGACGAAGAAGAAGAAGAGGAAGAGUAUGAGGAAGAAGAAGACGAUGGGAAACCCCAAACGCGAGAGGAUGCAAUCGCGAGUAGGAUCCAAGCUGAGUCACUGUUCCGUCGUAUGCGAGCAGCUCCGGUCCCGGUUCGUGUUCACGACGUGAUCGUCAAAGGGAACGAGAAGACGAAGGACCACGUCAUCGAAGCUGAGGUGGAUGUUGUGAGGGAAGCGACUACGUUGCAGGAGCUUCUCAAGGCCUCUAAGGUUGCCAAUUUCAAUCUUCAAGCUCUUGAUAUCUUUGAUUCUGUCAAAAUCACGAUUGAUUCUGGUCCUCCCGAGCUUCCUGGUACCACCAAUGUAGUUAUCCAUGUUGUUGAAAGCAAAAGCCCUAUCACUGGCCAAAUCGGAACCUUCACUAAAGCAGAGGCUAGAUCAUCAAGCCUUGAAGGCUCUUUGAAGUACAAGAACAUUUUUGGAUAUGGAGAUAUCUGGGACGGGUCUCUUGCUUAUGGAUGUGAUCACUCUGCAGAGGUCGGUUUGGGUAUGUAUCUGCCAAGGUUCAGAGGGCGUCCUACUCCAUUUACGUCGCGGGUUUACCUUUCUACACAAGACUGGCUUAAGUUUUCGUCUUAUAAAGAACGUGCUCUUGGUCUUUCCCUCGGGCUUAUUGCUAGCAAGUAUCAUGAGCUGGUCUACACUACUGCUUGGCGUAACCUGAUUGACCCAUCGCAAAUGGCAUCAACAUCAAUUAGGAGACAGCUGGGUCAUAAUUUGGUUUCUGCUCUGAAGUAUACUUUCAAAUUUGACAAGAGAAACUCACCCUUGAGGCCAACAAAAGGGUACUCUUUCAUCACUACGUCUCAAAUAGGUGGUAUUGCACCUGAUAGUCGAACACUCCGGUUUUUGCGUCAGGAAGUCGAUCUCCGAUAUGCUGUUCCACUCGGGUUUUACCGUGCUGCUCUGAACUUUGGUGUAUCUGGGGGAAUCACAUUUCCAUGGGGAAGUGGAUACAAGAGCAGAGCUUCUUAUGUACCUGAGAGGUUCUUCUUAGGUGGAAACAUAUCACCUGUGUGUUCGUUGGGAGGACCAUCUGCGUUAUGGGGAUUCAAGACUAGGGGAUUGGGUCCUAACGAGCCAAGGAGGGAAGUACAAGACGAGGAGAAUGGUGGCACAUAUGAGCGAGAUUUUGUGGGAGGGGAUGUUGCGGUAACUGCAUUUGCAGACCUUUCUUUUGAUUUCCCAGUGAAAUGGUUCAGAGACAGAGGUAUCCACGGACAUGUGUUUGCAUGUGCUGGGAAUAUGGCGGAAUUAUCAGAGAACAAGUAUAGGAACUUCAGUGGUCCAAAGUUCUUGGAGACAUUCAGAAGCUCAGUUGGUGCAGGAAUCGUUGUACCAACUAGUCUAUUCCGCAUGGAGCUUAACUACUGCCACAUACUGAAGAAACAAGAACACGAUCGAGCAAAAUCUGGAUUGUUCAUGACAUUCUCAACAUCAUGAUAAUGCUACUAUCCUUUGAUGAUAUCUUUAACUGUGGCUUUGUUUUGUUUUGUUUUCCAGGAGCUUCAUUGUUUAGUUUCUUGUUUGGAUCUUGAAAACUGUGAAAAUUUUAGUGAGAGAUUUGCUUACGUGAUGUGCGGAUUUUUUCAGGGGAUUCGUUUCUUGGGGAAAGAGAUACUAGUUUUUAAAAAAUAAAAAUUAACUAAAAGUUAA